AUGGACAACGGCACAGCCCGCCCGGGCCCCGCGCUGGGCCCCCCCGGCGGCAACCAGACCCUGGGCAAGAUGCCCCAGCACCCUCUGGAGCUGCAGGUGGUGACCAUCCUGCUGGUGCUGCUCGUCUGUGGGGUGGGCAUCGCGGGCAACGCUAUGGUGGUGCUGGUGGUGCUCCGCACCAAGCACAUGCUGACCCCCACCAACUGCUACUUGGUGAGCCUGGCUGUGGCCGACCUCAUCGUCCUGCUGGCAGCGGGGCUGCCCAACAUUUCGGAAGUGAUGGCUUCUUGGGUGUAUGGCUAUGCUGGCUGCCUUUGCAUCACCUAUUUGCAGUACCUGGGCAUCAACAUCUCAGCCUGGUCCAUCACCGCUUUCACAGUGGAGCGCUACAUCGCUAUCUGCCACUCCAUCAAGGCGCAGCUCCUGUGCACCGUAUCCCGAGCCAAGCGCAUCAUCUCCUCGCUGUGGCUCUUCACCUCCCUCUAUUGCCUCAUGUGGUUCUUCCUGGUGGACACGUCCCAGGUCACCUUUUCGGAUGGGGCACAGGUCAGCUGUGGCUACCGAGUCUCCAGAAGCCUUUACAUGCCCAUCUAUUUCUUGGACUUUGCUAUCUUCUACCUCAUCCCGUUGGGGCUGGCAACUGUCCUCUACGGACUCAUUGCCCGCAUCCUCUUCGUGAGCCCCCUGCCCACCACGCUGCAGCAUGCCUGCCUGGGCUCCACGCACCAGGGUGGCUCCCGCAAGCUCUCCUGCCAGGGCAACAAGGGGGCCCUCAGCUCCCGCAAGCAGGUGACCAAAAUGCUGGCUGUUGUCGUGGUCCUCUUUGCCCUCCUGUGGAUGCCUUAUCGCACGCUGGUGGUAGUGAACUCCUUCAUGGACCCUCCAUACCUGAACAUCUGGUUCCUCCUCUUCUGUCGGAUGUGCAUUUACCUGAACAGUGCCAUCAACCCCAUCAUUUACAACCUGAUGUCCCAGAAAUUCAGGGCUGCUUUUAGAAAGUUAUGCAAGUGUGAAAAGAAGAGUGCCAAAAACCACCCCCCAUACACUGCUCCAGUGUACUACAGUGUUAUGAAGGACUAUUCUCAUGACAGCUCUGAUCACAACAUUACUGAACAAGAAGAUCUCAACAGUCUCCCUGCACUGGCAAAGAAAAGCAAGCCUGCCAAAGAAGCACCAGGACCCUGAAACACCCAAGGCAGCGGGCGUAUGUGGCUGUAUGCACUGCAGUGGGAAAGUGCCAAUAGAAAUUGCUUUGGCAUUGCAGCAAGCUUAAUUUAUUACUUCUCUAGGGCAUUUAGCAAAACAGAUUCUUAGAGGCAAAAUAAUUUGUUUUUACUUAAUGCUAAUUUAUUCUUGCUUGGUGAAGUGGUAGGCACAGGUCAACGUUUAGCAUCUUUAAAGAAUCUACAGUUAAAUAUAGCAUUGCAAAUCCAUUCUGUGUUACGUGCAAAUGCAACUAUUGGUUCCGUUAGGCCAGACCAUUGAAAGGAAAUCCGGAAAGAGAAAGGCUUACCUGCAAAAAAGCCCUUUCUGCUGGACCAGUUUUCUUAUAGGGUGGGUGAGAUUCACCCAUCCAAAUUUAGAUGCCUAUGACAUCCAUCCAUAGAAACCUCCAUGUGAGCUGCUCCACUAGAGUCCCGUUAUAGUUAAUGGAGCUGAUUAGGCGCUUCCAGAAAGUGGCUUGUCUCACCUCAGGGUAGUCAUCUGAGGAAGACACUUGCCUUAGGAGGAGCGAAUGACUCCAUAGAUGUGACUGUUUCUCUUCACUGACUGUGAAGGAACCGAGCUGACCAUCUCAGAUGGAAACUCCUGUUUUGGAGGUCUGAGGAUGGCUGUCCUGACUGUCACCCCGUGCUCCUGGGAAUGCUGCUGUGCUGGUAGCACAUAAACCCAAGGUCCAGACUGGCUUCAUCUGUUACAGGAAAAGAAAGAAACUGAGAAUAGUGGGUGUUCCUUAAGAUAGUAAUAAUAUUUCCAACAUCUUAGUCUAAUUUUUUCUGGAUAAUUUUAUCCUUCCUGCCUAAACUCCUACAGUCGUUUCAACUGGGUGUUGUAGUUCUGCUCAAUGUGGUGUGGUGCAGCAGCAUACCAUUGCUCAGGUGCCAUGCUCUGCCCCAGGUACAGUUGCAUUUCAACUGUAAUGCAGGUAAAGCAAGUCUCUUAUUUUCUGAGAAUAAUUUGUGGAAAUUUGUAAUGAUGUGUUUUGUGAUAAGUGACACGCUAACUGUAAGACAUUAGGAAUACUCUUUGCUGCUACUAUCUAAUGAGCAAAGUAGAUGUUCAUUACCCGACAUGUUCAAGAGACCAGCCCAAGGACGGUUGCCCCAGCCUUGCAGGAGACUCAACUAGGAGUAAAAUGUAAAAGAUUACGUGUGAACCAAAUGCUGAGACUCUUGCCAAAUAAAAUAAAUGUCAGCCACCAGUAACCCGAAAGUGACUGUAAAAGA